UUGGGCAGUGCUGAGUUUGUUGUACCAACUGAUGGCAAAUACUGUAUUAUAUUCUACCCCUUUUGAAACACAAAAACAUACCUGCCCAUCGAUUUAUUUGGGUAUACAUUCCAACCUUUGCUUGCAGAUGCUGGAGCUGCCACUCUUGAAAAUUAUUGGCUAAAAAUAUUUUACAAAAAAAGCUCUGAAUAAAUCCAGUGUUUAAAAAAAAAAAAAAAAAAAAAAUGCUUGUUUUGGUCUCCACUCAUUGACAAUAAGCAGUUCUCAUCUUACCUGGACUUGAAGCUUUAACCCAGUCAGAUAUUAUGAAAACAUUUUCUGACUACUUUAUUCACAGAAGGUGAAAACAAAUCGCACUUUCCUAAUUUUCACAUUUUGUUUCAUAACUCAGUAAAACACUCAGCUUGCACACUUUUAUCAGGAACUGCGGUUGACAAGAGGAAGUGGGUUGUACAGCGAUAAACUCUGUUUAGGCUUGUUACAGAUGUGUCCUUGAUAUGUCUUUGGUUAAGUACCACUCACUUUGAAACCACUACACUUCCUACCACAUAUUACAUCAUUAAUAUAUCUUUGUCUAAGCUAUCUGUACAGCAAACUAUACUGCUUCUGCUGUCAUGUUGAAAAUAUCCCCUGGCAGGCAAGCUUAUUUUGAAUAAUAACUGAAAGGUCAUAGGCGUACAUAAGCUGUUGUGUCUCUCUUACAGCUGUAAACUAACAAGCGGUGAGUUCAAAGCAAUACAUCAGAAAUGCCAAUCAAUGCUAUGUUAGAGCAGGAUACUGAGUCUAUACGAACUGCACUGCAGUUGACCUUUAUUCUGACCACUAAUGACACUGAAAGACACCUGGCAGAAAAAUGCAGAGCGAACAUGUUGGCAUGUUGCUCUAAUUUGCUCUGUGUAAUUCUACUACAUGUUAAAAGUCAGUAAAUGGUUAUUUACUAACUUUAGAGGCUGUUGGCUUUUUAAGACAAUAGAAAGAAAACUAAAAAACUUUGCUUUUUAAUUAACAUCAAAGUUAAGAGCCAAGGCCACACAUGCACACAGACAUUCAGAAUAACACCCUAAUGGCUUCUGCACAGAUGUAGAGUGAAUUAAUGAAAGACAUCAAUUCUGUAUAAGGCCAUAAGGAAGAUAUCAUUUUAACCAAGGGGGGAAAAUUGUCAAAAUAAAGCACUGCUAAAUCUUAAAGAAAAAUUUCCCCUGUCGGUCAGGUUGGAGGAUAUGUGGAAUACCUUAAAAUAAGAUUAAAUGAUCUGGGAGACGUUGCUCUCUGAAGUGUGAGAGAAAAUGCACAUGAUACACAGUAUCAAAGUGUAAGAAGCUAAUGCUGCCAAUCAUGUAUGAAUAUGUUGCAAGCAUGAUAAAACAUCUUAUGUAGGAGGAAAACCUAUUGAUGAAUGGAUGUAAAAAAUGUGUUCACCUUUACUAUGUGUAUAAACAGACACUUCCUCUGUGGCCAAAACUCACCAUGACGAUAACCAGGCCGUGGCAUAAUUGUCACAGGAUUUGAUUGGUCCUUUCUGUCCUGAUAGAGUGAUGCAUUAACAACACCAGACUUAGAUUGAUUUCAUAUGCAAAGCACUGUUAGACUUGUUUAAUAUUUCCUGUUGCAAAACCAUUUUAUUCAACAUUGAUAUAGUUUUAUGCUCCAAUAAUCUCUGAAUUACUCUUAUAAUGUGAAACGCCAAAUUAUAUUCAGACUGCAAAAAAAAAAAAGAGAAAAAAAAAGCAUUUCUAAAUUGUCUUUACUACAAAACAUAAAACAUCUUUUGCUUCUUAGCAUGGAUAUUAGAUAACAUUAUGCAGGUCACACCUGGGGAUGCUUACCAUGGAACCCCACUCUGUCUGCCCUAAAAUGUGUAGCCAUAUACUUUUCUCUUAUAAAUGUGAAGACACAAUCUUUAUUUUUAUUGAAAUAACAGUUUCACCCUGAGAUAGACGCCAAUCGUCAUCAUGCUGUUCCCAUUGCUGCACUGCAGGGGGGGAUAUGUCCAGAGCCAGUUCCAUGUGUGUUAGUUUUUUGUCACUUUUGGUCAUUAAGAUGAAGACUUUCUACCAACAUUAAAAUUCAGAGAAAUACGCUUUUUAAAAUGAUUUCUCAACAGCUGCUUCUUUCAAAGUCAUCAUUCCACUCAUCUACAGUAGUAUCGUUUAAAUCUGUUCAGAUAUUAGGAAGUGAGAGAUCAAGACCAGGAUAGAUGAACAACCAUACAUUGUUCUUGCAGAGUAAACACAAACCCUAUUGGUGUUUAUUAACAGUAGUAAAAUCAUGUAUAAAGCUUUAGCAGGCACCAGCUAAUUAGGGCAUUCAUACACAGUGUUUACAAGUGAAGGUAUAAGCAUUAUAUAAUAGGCUUGCCAUCAUGUGUGAAUGUCUGUUCUAAUGUAUUUAUGACAGCUAAUCAGGCUUAGCAAAGCUGGGUCAGCACAGUUUUGUUAGUAUGUGUAUCUGUAAGCAGCAGAGUGGGUCACCAUUGAGGAGCACAUGUGUGUUCUGCUGCUUUCAUCACCUUUUUCCUUCUCUUCCCUGCACUCUUAGUUUAUGAAAACAUAUUCAUGGGAUUUAUAACUUCACUGUGCAACAUAAUCAGAAAGGUAAGGCUUUUUUUUUUUUUUAAAUCCUUCAUUUUAUCCGGCUCAAUAUAUUUUCCAGACACAACUAGACACACAAGUACCAAAAUUGUCAGUUUAACAAGGUGUAUCUUUGUCAAAGGCCCUUUAUUAGUGGCCUGCAGUACCUCAUUAAUUUCAACAUGAAAAGAAGGUGAUAUGAGGCUAGUUGGGGCAUAAUCCUUUAUAUCUACAGUGGGAUAGUGAAGGCUGAUCUUGGGGGUUUCCUCUGGUGCAGAAUGAUGCCGACGUUGAACCCGCACAUACCAGUACCACAACCUUCCUAUUCCCAGGCCAGAGAGAACCUGGUGAAGGCUAUCCCACCCAGACUCCUGUGUCUGCUUGCUUGUGGAGGAGUAGACUGUCGCUAUGAAGGACCAGAGUGCUGGAAGUUAAACCAACAGGUUAUUCGAGGCCUUUUCUCCUCCUGGGUGACAGAUGACGUAAUUGCCAUGGCACGACCAUCCAACCAUUUAAUUGAGAAGUACAACAUCAUAGAUCAGUUUCGAAGGCUGAACAUCAGAUCGGUCAUCAACAUGCAGUUCCCAGGAGAGCACGCUCACUGUGGACCUCCCCUAGACUCUGAAAGUGGAUUUACUUACUCUCCACAGAUCUUCAUGGACAAUGACAUUUACUUUUACAACUUUGCGAUGCCGGAUUUUGGUGUGUCCUCUCUCGUUGGCAUAAUUGAUGGGGUGAAGGUUUUGGCCUUCGCAGUGAGGGAAGGAAGAGUGGCUGUGCACUGCCAUGCAGGCUUGGGCAGGACAGGCGUGCUGAUAGCCUGUUACUUGAUCUACACCCUGCGCAUUAGCCCAAGUGAGGCCGUCCACUACGUGCGGAUUAAACGGCCUCGCUCUAUCCAAACCCGGGCACAGAUCAGCCAGGUGUUUGACUUUGCUCGUUUGCUUGGUACACAGCUGGUCCAAUACCCCGACCUCAGCCUGCGGCAUGGAGCCCCUUUCACCCUGCAGCACUAUCUAAACCGUCAGGCUCUACUGCUGCAUGGCCAGGAAGCACGCACCCUCAGACAAACACCAAAGGUGGUGUACCUCCUGUGUGUGCGUAUUUCCUGCUUAGCCCUGGGUCUCCCUGCUCCACCCGAGGUCCAUGCUGAGCUGGAAAAGAGGUCAGCACUGAGGACCCUGAGCAGGACUGUGAGGGAGACUCUGGUGGCCAAACAGUACUUGCCCUUGCUAAGGGAGGGCCAUAAGGGCUCAUGGGUGAGCUCAGGGUCCGUGUUCUCCUGGGAUGAGCCGCUGGGAUUCUUGGAGAGGAAGAGAGAGGUCCUGCUGGACAAACGCAGCUACAGUGACUCUGACCUCAGCAAGAUCACAGUAAAUGAGGAUCUGGAGCCGAGUCCACACUGCACCCCAGCUUUUGGAAAUGAGAGACACUGGUGUGUGGAGGAUCUCAUACGACCUGAUCUGAGACCAGUUAGUCCGAUCUUUGCCACCCUUUCACAAGGUCGUAAGACCUCCAAAAAGGAGUCACAUGCACUCAACAUCCCGGUUUCCAGCAUGAAAACAAGCAACAACUGUGAUGAGAGUUUGAAAUGUGCAGCGAAAAAGGUGCUUCCCAAAUACAGCUCCAACAUUGAGUUGUGCAGAAAUCCAGAUAAUCCAUGCCCGACCUCAGGGGCCCGUGCUGUUGCUAAGGCAAUGGCAGAACAAGGUCCUCCAGGAGAAACCAUACUGCAAAGGUCGGCUCUGCUGCAGGAGGAGCUGAACAGUAGUGACUGUGGAUGGGCUCUGAUGGUCACUGAGUCAGAUCCUCAUGUUCUCAGUUGUCUUUUGUGGACCUGGCUGGAGAAGUUAAGGGAGCCUGUUCUGAGUUCAGAGGAUGUAGACAGGUUGUGUAUUGGAGCCAAAAACAGGAAACCUCUCAGUGUGCUCAAGAAGCCACAAAAACACACCAUCUAUUGUCUGUUGAGCUGUGUGGGUACAGUGACCAGCCUGUGUCCACACAGAGAGGAUGCAGUGCUACAACGGCUGAUUCGAGCACUUACAAGGCGCCCCCAAGAGGAAAUGGGAAACCUUGCAACUUUGAUGAAGCUCCUGAAGUCCAGUUUGAGAGAAACCUUCCACAACUGCAGAUACCUCAUGAGGGGCUGCAGCACCAAUGCUACACUAUGAAGAAAAAUCCAUAUUAGAACAACAAUUUUCACAGCAGUUUUCUUUUUAAAAAAAUGUCAGUAUUUCAUCCAGGACACCUGAUUGUGGACAAAGUCAGGAGGUGUAAUUUUCAUGGUCGACAUUUUUGACAUGUCACAGGAAAGGCUCAGGUGUAAAGAUGAAUUAUAUUUAGCUGCUUCAGUGUCAGGCUGCUCAUCACUGUCACACUCGCCAUGACCCACUGGGACACUGAGAACAGAAUGGAACCAAGAUCAAUGUUAAUAGAAAUACCUUAGUAAGAUGUUUCCUAUUGUAACAGGUUAACAUGUCUGCUGUGAAAAGGCUGAUAAGGACCAGUCUUAACCUUUUUGCAGCCCUAGGUGAGGGAAUCCCCAUAUGCAUCUUACUGUUACCACCUAAUUAAAUCUUCGUAUUUACAAAAUGAACACACAACAAGAACACAGUGGAUUUAGAUUCAAAACCAGCUGGCUUUAUAUUUUUAGAUACAUCAAAUAAAUAGCUAACUUUGCUAAAAUGUAAAUAAUGAUAAAUAAUAAUUACUAUGAUAUAAUAACGAUAAUUAUAAUAUGAAUUCCUCUCUCUGGCAUGCCGGUGACAGUCAGAGCCAGAAGCAUAAAUCACAAUCAAUCAUCAUCAGUUGCUCAUAUUUUGACAUACUAAACCACUCAUAAGGCUCAAUGCAUGCAUGAAAAUGUAAUGGAGCAUAAGAUGACUGUUCAUUUCAAGCAUAUACAAAGUUUUUUCAUUAAGUCUUGGCUGAUUAAGAAUUUGUUUUUACAUUCAUAUAAUUUUGAGCAUUCAUUGCCCUUAAUGAACAGUAGGUACAACUAUUAAACUUGUGUGUUUACAGAUUAAGACUCAGAUCCAACCCCCUCAUAUUUGAACAUUAAUGUAUCCUUGAAACCACGAUCAAACAGCCUAUGAGCUAUGAAAAAAAGAAAGAAGAAAAAGAAAAAAAAAAUCAGGUGUAUGCAAAUGGUGGGACCUUUGGCCUAAUCCACCUAUGGCAUGGGGCACUUCUGCAUAUUGUCAUGGAACAGUUGUUAAACAUGAGAUAAAGCCCCCAAAUUAGAAUUUGAGACACAAUACAAUGUUUUAUUGUAAUGUAUAUUGUUGAAUGUCUACUUUAAAUAGUAGGUAAUCUACUGUACCUUAGUACAAUCAGAUUAAAUCUAACCGAACUGUCACAGUGGGACCCUCUGGCCUGUUACAGCCUUUUAUACCUAAUAAAUCAUUUACACCAUCU